UUAUUGUUCGUUGGUUACUUGUCAGAAGCAGUAGUACAGAGUAGGCCUACUACAGACUACGUUGUUUUACUGGACCAAACGGCCUUCCCGGUUCCAUUAUGUGUGGCGGUUGACAGGGUCCCGGUCCCCGGUUAGUGUCUCCGCUCGGUCGGCACACGCACUCAGACAUCAGUUCCUCCGAAGACAACAUCGAGGAUGGACGACUGUCCUCAACAAACGCCGCUGUUUACAUUCGGCGUGAUAGCGGACAUUCAGUACGCAGAUAUCGACGACGGGUACAAUUUCACCCGGACGAGGAGGCGGUACUACCGGAGCAGUCUGAAGCUGCUCAGAAAUGCCCGGGAAAGUUGGUCGGAGACGGCUGUAAAACCAGAGUUUAUCCUUCAGCUGGGGGACAUUAUCGACGGCUUCAACAAGGGCCAGGGCGCCUCUGACCGAGCGCUGCACACCGUGCUGAGGGAGUUCAGUUCCGGCCCCGCGGAGCUCCACCAUGUGUGGGGCAAUCACGAGUUUUAUAACUUCAGCAGGAGCUCGCUGCUGCGUUCACAGCUCAACAGCAGCCUCCACCAUGGUAGCCUCCACCCGGACAGUCUCUACCCUGACAGCAGCAGCCCUGACAGCCUCCACCCAUACAGCCUCCACCCUGGCAGCAGCAGCCGGGGACUUGGAGCCCAGGCUCCUGGCAGUGAUAUCUAUGCGUACUCCUUCAGCCCGUGUCCUGGCUUCACCUUUGUGGUGCUGGAUGCCUAUGAUGUGAGCCUGUUGGGCAGACAGGAGUCCAGUGAACAGUACAGCCAGGCUAUGGAUUUGAUCAAACAGUACAACACCAACGAGGACCUCAACUGUCCCCCAUUGAUCGAGGGCCUGCAGCAGAGGUUUACGAUGUUCAACGGGGGCUUCAGUAAGGAGCAGCUGGACUGGCUGGAUUCGAUUCUGUCCUCAGCCGAUGAGAAACAGGAAAGAGUCACAAUUGUCAGCCACCUCCCCGUGCACCCCCGCUCCACCGAUCCCAUCUGCCUGGCCUGGAACUACGAGCAGCUGCUGGCCGUCGUCCAAUCCCACGGCAGCGUGGUGUGCUUCAUGGCCGGACACGACCACGAAGGGGGCUACCACCAGGACACAGACACGGGAGUGCACCACGUGACAUUCGAGGGCGUGAUUGAGACUCCGCCUGACAGCAACGCCUUCGCCACCGUCUCGGUGUACAAGGACAGGAUGGAGCUGAAAGGGAGAGGGAGGAUCGCCGACCGAGUGCUUCUGUUCCCAUGCCUGAGGUCAUAGGGCAAUAUGACACAUGGUUUUAGAACAUCUCUGGAUUCAGAGAGCUAUAUUCUGGACUGGGAUAUUUAGAGGAUGUUUGUUACAUUCUCUAAGAAGUCCGGGAGUUUCACACGCGUCACUUUACAAGAAAGAAAAUCUCCCAGGCAACCCAUAGCAUAGGGCUAACACAGGUUCACACUUUUAGUUAAAGGAGCACUAUAACUUCUCAUUAUUUUAGUUCUUUUAAAGGCCGAGGUGGGAAUAGCACUGAUAACUGGAGUAAAUACAGUACCUCAAAUAAAGUUGUAUAAUUUAUGAUCCUGACAAAGUGUGAAAUGUAUCUCAUACACGGGUUUUCAUUUGGAGGUUAUGUGACAGAAUUUGCAUAUUUAUACUUGCGUUUUAUGAGGGAAUUGAUUCUUUAUUGCAAUUGCUGCCUUUUUGCACAUAUACUAACUGAUUGUCUUUUUCUGUUAUUUGCUGAAAAAUUAAAUGUGCAAUGUAGUGAGAAAUGUGAUGUUGCAGUGUGUUGCGAACUGUAACUGAUACAUUAACUAGUCUUCAGUGAGAAGAUCAGCACAAGUCUGUAUGAUUUACAAUGUCAAACAAUACAAGGAAUGAUAAAACCAUAGCAGCAGAAGGUG